GUAAAGAUCCUGACCGCGGAGCGGGAUGUGUAUGCUGCUGAGAUUGACGGCAAGCUGAUCAUGAAGAUCGGGCCCGGAGACUUCGUGCCCGAGGACGCCUCGGCCGCUGUGGUCGACUGCGGCCACUGCUGGACGGUGUGGGAGAAGUGA